UUAUUCUUAUUUCUUAGGUGCUCAUGUAAUUUGACAGCAAAAUUCUCUCAUUGUUGAAAGCUUUUGUAUCUCCUUUGAUAUUAUUCACAAUUCAAGCACACUUUCGGAGAGAGAAAAAAAACGAGUGAUCAUUGAUAAUCACUGCUGAAAUACUAUUGAACUCUCUCAGAAAAAGGAGAGAAUUAUCAUUUUCAACCUUUUUGUAUAAUUUCAUUUUUAUUCCGCUCAAAAACUAGGGUUUCGUAGCAUUUUGGAGGGUUCCAAAUUAGGGUUUUUCAUGAUUUUUGAUUUACGUUACUUUUUAGUGAGUUAUGAGACCCAACUCUAUUGAUUGUUGGGUGUUUAGAUUGGAAAAAUCAGUUUCUUUGUGUGAUUUUUAUGGAAAUCUUAGCUUAGAUUGUUAAUAAUUGGGAGGGUUUGCAACUUCUGUAUUCAUCAAUGGCGAGUACAGGAGAGGCAGACCGAAAGCGGCGUCACGUAAGCUCUAUCUCUCCUACUGCAGCUGCUGCCAUGGCUAAGAAGCAGCCUUUUGCGCCUCUUUCUGAGGACAAGAAGCUUGACACCGCUGUACUUCAGUUUCAAAAUCAGAAGCUCUGCCAGAAGCUAGAGGUCCAGAAGAUAGAAAUUGUGGCCCUUGAGAAUAAGUUGUCUCAGCGGAAAGAGAAGCAGCAGUCAUAUGAUAAGGUGUUGACGGCUGUUAGUAAUUGCUGGAAAAAGCUUGUGGAUGACUUGGAAGCUCGAUCUGCUCACACAAAAGACCUGGUCAGCAGUGGAGUAAAUAUUCAUAAUACAGCUGUUAUGGAUGAUGAUUCUUCCUCCUCUGCCGAUGAUGUAUUCUUAAAGCGACUUACAGAAACAGGUUCUUCAGAAACUUGCUUAGCAAGUAAUUCCCUUGAUCAAAUGAUAGAAGAUGGGGACAACGCUUGUGAGAAAUCUAGAAAUAUUUUGCGUAAUAUAGUGGCUGCUGUUGAUGACUUGUGGAGUAUGAAAGAUGGGCUAUAUGCUGCUGUUUUGGCGGCUCUUCCUGAGGAUGGUUCAUUCAAGCGGAAAGCAUCAAAUGAGGUGGUAGCCGAAGUUAAAAAUCUGCGAUCAGCUCUUAGCGAGCUUCACCUAAAACACAGAUCACUUGCAAUGGAACUGUUUAAGCAUCAGGAUGCGGAUUUGAAGAACAAGGCUGAACUAAAAUACUUGCAAGGGGAGCUGGAGACUACCAUCAAAGAGCUGGAAGAAAGCAACCACAAAUUGGCAGCUCUAAAAGCAGAGAAAGAUGCAACAAAAGGAGCUUUUUUCCCUGUCUUGAACAUGGGAAAUAAGCAUAUUUAUAAUGAAAAAACGGCAGACAAACAAAAAGAACAGAAAGAUCUGCAAGAAAUGGAAUCAACAUUGAAGGAGUCAAUGGCUCAGUCCACUUCUCGACUACAAGAACUUAAGCGUUUGCAUGAGGAAAGGAUUGAAAUUUUGAAGAAACUUUCCAAUUUGCAGGGUACUUUGAAAAAUGUAAAGUCUAUUUCCAGUGCCCGCGCUUUUAAGCUAGUGAAAGCUGAACUUGAGAAGUCUAAAGCCGAUGUCAUCCAGUACCAGGCCUUAUAUGAAAAACUUCAGGUUCAGAAAGAUAAAAUUGCAUGGAAGGAAAGAGAAGCAGUGGUAAGAACUGAUUUAGGUGAUGUGUAUCGAAGGUCUUUGACCACAGCUGGUUCCAGAAUUGAUGAUCUUGAAAUAGCGAUUCAAAGGCAGAAUGAUGAGAGGAAACAGAUAGAACUCAAGCUGGAAGAAGCUUCUAGAGAACCAGGAAGGAAAGAAAUAAUUUCAAGCUUUAAGGAGUUUGCUUCUUCAUUUCCUGAGGAUAUGAGCUCCAUGCAAAGCAAGCUACGCAAGUACAAGGAGACAGCUGCUGAUGUCCACUCUCUGCGUGCUGAUGUACUAUCUCUCUCAAAUGUUCUUGCUAGAAAGGCCAAAGAACUGGAGACUUUAUCUAGUAGAUCUUGCGAUCAAGAUGCUGAAAUCCAGAGACUGCAAGAUGUGGUUCAGGAUCUGAGAGAGAGUGAUAUGGAAUUAAAACUUAUUGUAGAGAUGUACAGACGUGAAUCCACCGUAACAAGGAACUUCUCAGAGGCAAGGAAUAGGGAGUACAGGGCAUGGGCUCGUGUGCAUAAUUUGAAGACUUCUCUUGAUGAACAAAAUCUGGAAAUACGUGUAAAGGCUGCUAUUGAAGCAGAGGCGCUAUCACAACAACGCCUAGCUGCUGCAGAAGCUGAAAUUGCAAACCUGAGGGAGAAAUGUGAAUCCUCUUCAAGGGAUAAAUCAAAGCUUUCCAAUUCUUUGAAGUCUAAACAUGAAGAGAAUGAGGCUUACUUAUCUGAGAUUGAGACUAUUGGACAGGCCUAUGAUGACAUGCAAAACCAAAACCAGCACUUGUUGCAGCAAAUUACUGAGAGAGAUGAUUAUAACAUCAAGCUCGAACUGGAAGGUCGACGCAGUAAACAGACGCAUGAUCUUCUACUUGUGGAGAAACAAAGUCUGCUGAAGAAGAUCCAACAGAGUAAUGUUUCAGGAGACUUUUUUGAAAUGAAAGCUGCAAGAAUUGAGGAUCAGGUGAAAAGCUGCUCAGACCAGAACCGUAGACUUGCAGAAGAUAGAUGUCAAAACUCAGUUUCUCUGGAUAAUAUCCAACGGAGGCUGUUAGAAUCAAGAAAGUUUUCCCAUCAUGCUAAAGAAUCUUUGGAAGAAUUACAAAGUAAAGUAAAAGAUGGUCGAGCAAACCUCUCUGGUUUGCAAAUAGAGCUGGAUAAAGAAAGGUUUGAGAAGAAAAGGGUAGAAGAAGAACUGGAAAUGGUAAAAAGGAAAGCUGAGCGUCUUAGAGUGCAAAAUGAGGGUUCAGUAGCGCAAAAGCUUCGCCAGGAGCUCCAAGAAUAUAAGGAAAUACUAAAGUGUAGUGUCUGCCUUGACAGGCCCAAGGAGGUGGUCAUCACAAAAUGUUACCAUUUAUUAUGCAAUCCUUGUGUUCAGAAAGUGCUUGAGACCCGCCAUCGCAAGUGCCCUGUAUGUGCCGCAAGCUUUGGGCCGAACGAUGUUAAGCCAGUUUACAUUUAAUAAGUUGCUGUUAAACAGCCACAGUUACAUUUUUUAUGGGUUUUUUUACUGUUUUGUUGGCAGUACCACAUCUCCAUGACCCAUCUGUACAUUCCCCAGCUUAUGUAGUGUUUAGUCCACAGCCAUUUAGGUUCAAGGAGAUGCUGAAAAUUUUCAUGCUUAGUACAUUCUCCACAGUGCAUAUCUUAGAGUUGUAGACUUGUAGAGUUCUGCUUUCAUUUUUCUUAAUAAUUUUUUUUUGGGUAGUCGACUGUAAUUUAGCUGACACAUCUUGGAGCUGCAGUGGGAACUUACUGUCAAUUGCAAUCCAAAUGAACCACAUAAAGAAUAUGGAAGUUCCGUAGCAGAUAAAUUAUUUUUUGAGUUUUUCUCUUUUAUGUAUAUUUAUUAUUCUUACAA